AUGACUUUUAUGCAAUGGGGUUUCUUGGCUUGCUUUCUUUGCUUUUGUGUGGGACUUGAAACCCUAUCCCCAUCCUGUAACCCCCAUGAUUUAUUGGCCCUGAAGGAAUUUGUUGGCAACCUUACAAAUGGGUCUAUCAAAACAUCAUGGUCCAAUGAUGUUGUCUGCUGCAAAUGGGUUGGAAUUGUCUGUGAUAAUGUGAUUGAUGGAGCAGCUGCUAGUAGAGUUACCAAGUUGAUUCUCCCUGGAAUGGGUCUGAAUGGAACAAUUUCAAGCUCUUUAUCCCAUCUAGAUAAGCUGAAUGUGCUAGAUCUUUCGUUCAAUCAUCUCCAUGGUGGAUUGCCUUCUGAGCUCUCCAAGUUGAAGCAGUUAAAAUUUCUUGACUUGAGCCAUAAUAUGCUGUCAGGGCCAGUUGCUGGGGCACUUUCUGGUUUGCCAUCCAUUCAGAUACUGAAUAUUUCAAGCAAUUUAUUUGUUGGAGACCUCUUUAAGUUUGGGAAAUUCCAACAUCUCCUUGCUCUCAACAUAAGCAACAACUCAUUCACCGGCCAGUUCAAUUCUCAAAUUUGCAGCUUUUCCAAAGGUCUUCAUAUUCUUGAUUUAUCCACAAAUCAAUUUGCUGGUGGUCUUGAAGGGUUGGGCAAUUGCAGCACAUCACUCCAACAGUUGCAUUUGGAUUCAAAUUUAUUUUCUGGCCCUCUUCCUGAUUCCUUGUAUUCCAUGUCAGCCUUAGAGCAACUCUCAGUCUCUGUAAACAACUUUUCUGGCUGGUUAAGCAAGCAACUAAGUAAGCUCUCUAGCUUAAAAUCUCUAAUAGUUUCUGGAAACCAGUUUUCAGAGGAACUUCCAAAUGUGUUUGGCAAUCUUUUGCACCUAGAACAAUUUGUAGCACACUCCAAUUUAUUUUCAGGAGGAUUGCCUUCCACCUUGGCCUUAUGCACAAAACUUCGGGUGCUUGAUCUUCGAAAUAAUUCUUUGGCAGGUUCUAUUGAUCUUAAUUUCACUGGGUUGUCUAAUCUUUUCACACUGGACCUUGCUAGUAAUCAUUUUAUUGGAUCCCUUCCAAAUACCUUGUCCUAUUGCCAUGAAUUGACAAUGUUAAACCUUGCCAAGAAUAAGUUAACUGGCCAUAUCCCUGAAAACUAUGCAAACCUUGCUUCACUUAUGAUCCUGUCCUUGUCAAACAACAGCUUAGAGAACUUAUCUGGCUCGCUUUCUGUACUGCAGCAGUGCAAAAAUCUCACCACUCUUAUCCUUGCUAAGAAUUUCCAUGGUGAGGAUAUUCCUGAAAGUUUAACAGAAGGUUUUCAGAGCCUUAUGGUUUUAGCACUUGGAAAUUGUGCUCUUAAAGGCCAUAUUCCUGCUUGGUUAUUGAAUUGCACAAAAUUGGAAGUCCUUGAUUUAUCAUUGAAUCAUUUGGAAGGUAGCAUUCCAUCUUGGAUUGGUCAGAUGGACAGUUUGUUCUACUUGGAUUUCUCAAAUAAUUCUCUCACAGGAGAAAUACCAAAAGGUUUGACAGAGUUGAGGGGCCUCAUAUCCCCAAAAUAUAGCAUAUCAAGUUUCUCUGUAUCUGCUGUCAUUCCUCUCUAUGUUAAGAGAAACAAGAGUGCUACUGGGCUGCAAUAUAAGAAGGCCUCAAGUUUCCCUCCUUCCAUAUACUUGAGCAAUAACAGAUUAAGUGGAACAAUAUGGCCUGAAAUUGGUCGUUUAAAAGCACUUCAUAUCUUAGAUUUAAGCAGGAACAAGAUCACUGGUACUAUUCCUAGCUCUAUUUCAGAAAUGGAGAAUUUGGAAACUUUAGACUUAUCUAAUAAUGAUCUCUGUGGAACAAUCCCUCCAUCAUUUAGCAACCUCACAUUCUUGUCAAAGUUCAGUGUGGCACACAACCACUUGCAGGGACCAAUUCCAACUGGGGGACAAUUUUUUAGUUUCCCUAAUUCAAGCUUUGAGGGCAACCCGGGGCUUCGUGUGGAUUCAUCUCGCAACAUCGUAAGAAAUAUGGGCUUGGGGCGCAACAUUACUACUGGUUCUGCGAGAAAAUUUGGUAGAAGCAGUGUCCUUGGCAUAACAAUUAGUUUAGGCAUAGGCCUUGCACUGUCUCUUGCAAUUGUUCUGCUAAUAAUGUCAAAGAGGCAUGAGGAUAAGCCAGUUGAUAACUUUGAUGAGGAGCUAACAUUGCCAAACAGGUUACCUGAAGCACAUGUUUCUUCAAAAUUGGUGCUUUUUCAGAAUUCAGAUUGCGAUGAUCUCACUGUUGCAGAUUUGUUAAAAUCCACAAACAAUUUCGACCAAGCAAAUAUAAUUGGUUGUGGUGGGUUUGGUCUUGUAUACAAAGCGAAUCUUCCAAAUGGCGCAACAGCAGCUAUCAAGAGACUUUCAGGGUACUGUAGUCAAGUGGAACGCGAAUUUCAAGCUGAAGUAGAGGCCCUCUCAAGGGCUCAGCACAAGAACCUUGUUUCUCUUAAAGGUUAUUGUCAGCACGUCGAUGACAGAUUGUUAAUUUACUCCUACUUGGAGAAUGGAAGCCUGGACUAUUGGCUGCAUGAGAAUGUGGAUGGAAAUUCAAUUCUAAAAUGGGAUGUAAGACUCAAGAUUGCUCAAGGUGCAGCUCAUGGAUUAGCUUACUUGCACAAGGAGUGCAAACCACAUAUUGUGCAUAGAGAUGUUAAAUCUAGUAACAUACUUUUGGAUGAUAAAUUUGAAGCAUAUUUGGCUGACUUUGGUCUCUCAAGGCUACUUCAACCCUAUGAUACUCAUGUUACAACAGAUUUAGUAGGAACUUUGGGAUAUAUUCCUCCAGAAUAUAGUCAGGCCCUGAAAGCAACUUUCAAGGGAGAUAUUUAUAGUUUUGGUGUUGUUCUUGUUGAGCUUCUUACUAGUAGAAGGCCUGUAGAAGUCAUCAUAGGGCAAUGUUGCAGGAAUCUUGUGUCUUGGGUGUUUCAGAUGAAAUCUGAGAAUAGGGAGCAGGAAAUUUUUGAUUCUGCCAUUUGGGACAAGGAUAAGGAGAAAGAGCUCUUGGAGGUGCUUGCUAUUGCUUGUAAAUGUCUUGAACAAGAUCCAAGGAAUAGGCCCCAUAUUGAAGUAGUUGUUUCAUGGCUUGAUAGUGUAGGAUUGGAUGGCUCUCAACAAUCAUCUUAG